UGCACAUGAAACAAUGAGCUUCUGAUGAGGGUGUGGCCAGGAAAACGGCUUUUAGACAAAACUGUCGUUUUACUGGUCAGCUAUCGACAGACAUGGUACUUCCGCAGUCUUCAGAAUAAUGCCACCCGGGCCCCUUUCCUGGCUUCUACUCUCCUGAAAGAUCUAGUCCCUAAUCUAGGCUCUGGCCUUCCUCAGCCUUGGAGAAGGAGGAGAAGGUGUGUUUGGGGGCUGCUUGCUGUGACCCUAACCUGCACGCUUGUGUGGAGCAUGAGCACACAGGGAGAGGAGCUGCAGGACCGGGCCAUCGUCAGAAUCGCCGCUCACCUACCGGACCUCAUCGUCUAUGGAGACUUCUGUCCCGAGCGGCCCUCUGUGGAUUACUUUGACGGAGUCUUGAUGUUUGUUGAUAUUUCAGGUUUCACGGCCAUGACUGAGAAGUUCAGCACAGCCAUGUACAUGGACCGAGGGGCUGAGCAGCUGGUGGAGAUCCUCAACCACUACAUAAGCGCAAUAGUGGAGAAGGUGUUGAUUUUUGGAGGAGACAUCUUAAAAUUUGCAGGUGAUGCCCUGCUUGCCCUGUGGAAGGUGGAGCGAAAGCAACUGAAAAACAUGAUCACGGUGGUAGUUAAGUGUAGCCUGGAGAUCCACGAGCUGUUUGGGACCCAGGAGUUAGAAGGCCUGGACAUCCGCGUCAAGAUAGGACUGGCUGCAGGCCACAUCACCAUGCUGGUCUUCGGAGAUGAGAAACGCAACUUCUUCCUGGUGAUUGGCCAGACGGUGGAUGACGUGCGCCAAGCACAGAACAUGGCGCAGAUGAACGACGUCAUUCUGUCACCGAACUGCUGGCAGCUCUGCGACCGGAGCAUGAUUGAGAUCGAGAGGAUCCCAGACCAGAGAGCAGUGAAGGUUAAUUUCUUAAAACUACCCCCUACUUUUAACUUCGAAGAAUUUUUCACAAAGUGUAUGACUUUCAUGGAUUAUUAUCCUUCCGGAGACCACAAAAACAUCCUGAGGCUUGCGUGCAUGCUGGAGUCCGACCCUGAACUGGAGUGUUCCCUACAAAAGUAUGUGAUGGAAAGCAUAUCAAAACAGAUUGAUGACAAACAGCUUCGGGGUUAUUUGUCUGAGCUCCGCCCGGUGACCAUCGUGUUUGUGAACCUGGUGUUUAAGGACCAAGACAAAGCCGAGAUCAUAGGCCCGUCCAUCCAGGAUGCCUCUGUGCACAUCAAUUCUGUCCUGAGGGACUUCCGAGGCCAAAUCAAUAAAGUUUUCAUGUUUGACAAGGGCUGCUCCUUCCUCUGUGUCUUUGGUUUCCCCGGCGAAAAGGCACCUGAUGAGGUCACUCAUGCCUUAGAAAGUGCUGUGGAUAUAUUCGACUUCUGCACUCAGGUCCCCAAAAUCCAUACUGUUUCCAUCGGCGUGGCCAGCGGGACUGUCUUCUGUGGCAUCGUGGGACACUCUGUGAGGCACGAGUACACAGUCAUUGGCCAAAAAGUCAACAUAGCUGCCAGAAUGAUGAUGUACUACCCAGGAAUCGUGACUUGUGACUCCGUCACCUACAAUAGCAGCAACCUACCGGCCUACUUUUUCAAAGAGCUCCCGAAGAAAGUCAUGAAAGGUGUUGCGGAUUCUGGACCAAUCUAUCAGUGUCUGGGCCUUAACGAGAAAGUCAUGUUUGGAAUGGCCUACCUCAUCUGCAACAGGAAUGAGGCUUACCCUCUGCUGGGACGUGAGAAGGAGCUGAAAUACUUCAGGUGCAAUAUGAAGGAAUUUCUGACGUCCAACUGCAGCCGCAUCCUCAUGUACGAAGGCUUGUCGGGCUACGGAAAAAGCCAGAUACUCAUGGAAAUUGAGUACCUGUCCCAAGGUGAGAACCACAGGACUAUUGCUAUUGCCUUAACUAAGAUCAGCUUCCAUCAAAAUUUUUAUACCAUCCAGAUACUCAUGGCCAAUGUCUUAGGUCUGGAUGCUUGUAAACACUACAAAGAACGACAGACCAACAUUCAAAAUAAAGUCAAGACACUGUUGGAUGAGAAAUUCCACUGUAUCUUUAAUGACAUUUUCCAUGUCCAGUUCCCUACCUCACGAGAGGUUUCCAAGAUGAGCAUCUUGAGAAAGCAGAAGCAGCUGGAAGCAUUGUUUAUGAAGAUCUUGGAGAGAACAGUGAAACAGGAAAGGGUUAUUUUCAUCAUCGAUGAGGCCCAGUUUGUGGACACGACCUCCUGGGCCUUUCUGGAGAAGCUUAUCCAGACCGUCCCUAUCUUCAUCAUCAUGUCCCUGUCUCCGUUCCUCGACAUGCCCUGUGAAGCGGCCAACGCCAUCAUAAAGAACAGAAACACCACCUACGUCACCAUCGGCGCCGUGCAGCCCAGCGACAUCCGCAACAAGGUCUGCCUGGACCUCAACGUCAAGGGCAUCCCCAAAGAACUGGACUUGUACCUCGUGGAGGGAAGCUGUGGGAUCCCAUUCUACUGCGAAGAAUUGCUGAAAAACCUCGACCAGCACAGGGUGCUUGUUUUCCAACCCAUACAGUCCGAGGAAAAGGCGAACGUGACCUGGAAUAACCUGUUCAAGAAUGUUGCUAAGCCAACAGAGCUGUUAAAGCCAUUUACUCUCAGUAGUGAUGGUGGAAGUGAGGAAGUCUGCAAACUCGCCAGUGGUGUCAGAUUGAAGAACUUGUCCCCACCAGCAUCACUGAAAGAAAUCUCUCUGGUCCAGCUGGACAGCAUGAGCCUCUCCCACCAGAUGUUGGUCAGAUGUGCAGCCAUCAUCGGCCUGACCUUCACUACGGAGUUGCUGUUUGAGAUUCUCCCGUGUUGGAACAUGAAGAGGAUGAUCAACGCCCUGGCGACUCUGGUGGAAUCCAACAUCUUUGAUUGUUUCCGGAAUGGCAAGGAGCUCCGGAAGGCUCUGAAGCAGAAUUCGGCCUCGUUUGAGGUGUAUCAUCGCUCCUCGUCUCUGAAGCCCGCUGAAGGACGGGCUCACAGGGAGAGCGAAGCGCUCCGUGAACUGGAGAGCGAGGUCAUCGAGUGCCACAUCAUUCGGUUCUGCAGGCCGAUGAUGCAGAAGACAGCCUACGAGCUGUGGCUGAAGGACCAGAAGGUGGACAUGCACUUGAAAUGUGCCCGCUUCUUGGAAGAAAAUGCCCACAGGUGCGACCAGUGCCACAGCGGGGACUUCAUCCCCUAUCACCAUUUCACGGUGGACAUUCGGCUCAACUCUUUGGACAUGGACUCCAUCAGGAAGAUGGCCAAAUCCCAGGGAUUUAAAACUGAAGAAGACAUCUUUUCCAAAAUAGAGAUUAUGAGGAAGUCUGAGAUAUUUUCAGAAAAUUCCAGUUUCGAAGAAAUAAGAGACAAGAUGCUGAAUUUCUUUGACAUCAUUAUAGCAAAAAUGAGGCCGUCUCAGGAAGACAUCAUCCCCUUGGAGUCGUGCCAGUGCGAGGAGAUCCUGGAGGUGGCCGUCAUGCCGCUGGCCUACCACUUCCUGGCUCUGGGGGAAAACAGCAAAGCCUUGUACUACUUCCUCGAGGCCGCGUCCGCGUAUCUCAUCUUGGAGGAUAACUACAUGGCAUACACAUAUUUGAAUGAGGGAGAGAGGUUGCUGAAAAUCCUCAAGAAGGAAAAGUCAUGGAGUCAUACUUUUGAAUCUGCCACUUUCUAUGGCCUCAAAGGUCAGGUCUGUUUUAACAUGGGCCAGAUGGUACUGGCCAAGAAAAUGCUGAAGAAGUCACUGAAGCUCCUCAACCGGACUUUCCCUUUCACCUUCCUCUCCAUGUUUUUCUAUAUCCAUGUUGAGAAAAACAAACAUCAUUAUUAUAUGAAUCAGCAGACCCCAGAGAGCUCACCGCCAGGGAAGAAGCAGCUGGCGGAACUGCACCAGCAGGUCAACUGCUUCUCCCUGCUGUGGAAGAUCUACAGCUUGAACUACUUUUUUCACUACAAGUACUACGCCUACCUGGCCGCUCUGAUGGAAGUGAACUCUGCCCUGGAAACACAAGAUGACUUCCAGAUCAUCAAGGCCUACCUGGACUACUCGCUGCUCGAACAGCUGGCCAUCCAGAGCAGCACGUGGUACAAAUACGAGAUCAUGGCCAUGGAGAUGAUCUUAAACCUACCCCUGAAAGCCGAGGGCAUUGAGAUCAUGGCGUACAUGGCCGACACACUGGGCUCCAACAAGUUCUUAAUGGGUCAUUUGGACUUGGCCAUUGACUUAGGCUCUCGGGCCCAGAAGAUGUGGGGACUGCUCCGGAAUCCCUACAAACAAUACAAGGUCCUCUGCUGGCUCAGUAGAAGUCUUUGCCUGAAAAUCAGGCACAAGCAGCUGAUCCAGGUGCUGGGGUGGCUGUGGGACCUCUCUGUGGCAGAAGAGCACAUCAUCAGCAAGGCGUUCUUCUACUUCAUCUGCCUGGACAUCAUGCUUUAUUCUGGGUUUGUUUACAGGACGUUCAGCGAGUGUCUGGAAUUUAUCCAGGAAAACGAGGACAACAGGAUCCUCAAGUUCCAGAGCGGGAUCCUCCUGGGACUGCACUCAUGUGUGGCGAUCUGGUAUGCCAGACUCCAGGAGUGGGACGACUUUCAGAUAUUUUUCAAUAAAACGAAAAACCUGGUGCCACGAAGGACGCCCACAGCUCUUUACUUCCAAGGGGUCUGCAGGUACCUGGAGGCCCAAGUCCUGCACCUGCAGAAGCAGAUCGAAGGGCAGUCUGAGUACGCGCAGGACAGCGGCGUGGAGCUGCUCAAGAACUUGGAGAGCACGGUGGCUCAGAACACCACGGGCCCCAUCUUCUUACCGAGGAUGUACCACCUGAUGGCCUACGUGUGCAUACUCAUGGGCGACGGGCAGAACUGUGACCUCUUCCUGAACACAGCCCUGCAGCUCGCGGAGAACCACGGGAACAUGCUGGAGAUGAGCUGGCUGAGCCUGAACAGAGAAUGGUGGUACUCGAACUCCGACCUGAACAAGGACCAGUGGCUGCAGAUAGUUGUGAACCUCCCCACGUGGGAAAAUAUCUUAUCGGGCAAGGUCAACGUGCAGGACAUUCAGAAAAACAAGUUCCUCAUGAAAGUGAACAUCCUGGACAAUCCCUUCUAACGCCUCCUGAGAGAGAAGAGAUUUUAGUGACUCGUCCAUUACCACCUUCCUCUGGCCAGUGCUCCAGGCCCACACUCCCUCUCCUGUGCCCAGAGCCAGGCCUGGCGGCUUCGUCCGCCCGGAGCGCCCACCUGGGCCGCGGGCAGCUCCCUUCCCCGGCUCCACACGCGCGGCCCUCGCCUCUCACGCUGUGCUCCCCCCCCUGGUUGUCCCAGCCCGUGCGGGACCAGCGCAUGGGGAGACAGUAACAUUGGGAUGGAACAUGUUGCAACGGACAUGUUUCUAGUUAACCUAUUAAACCGGAAAUGUUUAUU